GAAUAUACAAGCAAUAGGGAGAAUAUAUAAAAACGCAAGCCUCGCUUUACAGAAAACCCUACAUCGUUCGCGGCUGAGAAGAAGGUAAGCGACAGAGAGCGAGAGCCGCACUCCAUCCAAACGCAGCAGCCAUGGGUCGUAUGCACAGUCGCGGAAAAGGUAUUUCUUCUUCGGCUCUUCCGUACAAGCGGACUCCGCCGAGCUGGCUGAAGAUCUCCAUUCCAGACGUUGAGGAGAAUAUCUGCAAGUUUGCGAAGAAGGGUUUGACGCCAUCUCAGAUCGGCGUCAUCCUCCGAGACUCCCAUGGUAUCGCUCAGGUCAAGAGCGUCACCGGAAACAAGAUCUUACGUGUAUUGAAGGGUCACGGGCUUGCUCCUGAGAUUCCGGAGGAUUUGUAUCAUCUCAUAAAGAAGGCGGUUGCGAUCCGGAAGCACCUGGACAGGAACCGCAAGGAUAAGGACUCCAAGUUCCGGUUGAUUCUUGUCGAGAGCAGGAUCCACCGUUUGGCUCGAUACUACAAGAGGAUGAAGAAGCUCCCGCCCGUUUGGAAAUACGAGUCUACCACUGCCAGCACGCUUGUUGCUUAGGCUAAAGUUGGUUUUCUUCACAUAAUUUUGGGAUUGUGUUGGAAGUUAUGGGCGCCGCUGUAAUCCUGGACGAGUGACACCGCUAUCAUUUCUUUUGAACUUGACUUUUUGGGGUUGGAGAACCAUGGUAGAAAGUUUUUAAGUUUUUUUGUUUUAUUUAGUGAAAGAAAGUAAUUUUUAAAUUUGUGAUCUUCGAUUGAAAUCGGCCAUUGCUGUAAUGGUGUUUCCAUAGCUACAUGUUCUUCAUAGCUGAUCAGGUUCGUUUUCCCACUUCGUUGUGGUGGGAGACUGCCUAUAUUGGUUUAUUUCCUAGA